AUGUUCAUAUUAAGUGUGUUCAAAGAUACCGUAAAGAUUGAGCCACAGAAUUUCCGUAAGAAUAAAUAUGAUGCUAUUACUGACGAACUAAACCAAAAAUAUGCCAAUAAGGUUGUACAGGAUAUAGGUCUUUGCAUAUGUCUACACGAUAUUCUUGAAGCAGGCGAAGAAUUCGUCCAUCCUGGGAUUGGCAACGGAGCUAGCUUUGUUAAGGUAAAAUUUCGAUUGAUCGUGUUUCGUCCUUUUAUUGGCGAAGUACUUGUCGGAAAAAUCAAAUGCUGUCUACCAACCGAAAUAAAAGUUACAAUGGGAUUUUUCGAUGAUAUUAAAAUACCACGAGCACUUUUGAGGGAACUCACAUCCUUUCAGCCUUCAGAACAAGCAUAUUUAUGGAAAGGACACGGCCACGAAUACUGGUUAGACAAUCAAGACGUGAUAAAAUUUCGUGUUGUUGGCGAGAUAUUUACAGAUACCGCGCCAAAGCAGCCACCAGGUGCGCCUAGAACAGUGGCUGGAACUGGAAGUGGUGGUGUUGGUGUCGGUGGACCAAUAACUGACACAAAUCCAUCAAUUAUUAUUGGUGGAAACUCGUCACGUACCCCGCCAUAUUCAAUUAUUGGCUCAAUACAAGAAGAUGGUCUUGGAUUGCCUGAAUGGUGGUCUAAUAUUCAAUAA